UAUCCGACCAAAGGGGUAGAAAUGGGGAAGGUUUUUUUCAAAAACAGAAAAAUCGUUCUAAAUCACGCAAUAUGGAAAAUAUCACAUCCGUUUGAAUUUAUUAAAAUUCUUAGGAGUAAUGCCAAAAUAAUUUCUCUGAAUAAGUUUUCGAUAGGACCGACGGUAUCUCCAAGGGGUUGAAAAAACAAGGGUUGGCGGACAAAAAAAAUCAUAACUCUGUUCGUAGGCAUAGCAUCGAACUUGAACAAAUUAUGUAUUUUUCUUAUAAUUUCUAUCUAAAACUUUUGUCUGGAACAAUUUUUGAUUAGACGAACCAUUGCAGCAAUGUAGUAUAUAAAAUAACAGUAAAAAUUAAAAAAAAAAAACAUAACUCCCUCAGUAAGUACACCAUCAAAACCGUUCUAACUGUUAGUAAAUUGUAUACUUUUUAUCUAAAACUUUUGUCUGAAAUAAUUUUUUAUAGGUCGAACCAUUGUUGCAGAGGGUAGAAAAAAUAAAGGUAUUGAAUUAAAAAAAAAAAGCAUAAUUAAUGUACCAUGUACACUCAUAAAUCCUUUAUGUUUUAUCGUGUAAACUUAAAGUAUUCAGUACAUCUUUCAUCUGAAAUAAAUUUUUAUACGACCAACAACUGCAAGGGGUUGGAAAAACAAGGGUCUGCGGACAAAAAAAAAUUAUAACUUCCUUCGUAGGUACAAAACCGAAUUCGUACGAAUUGUGUAUUAAUCAUAUAAUUUUUGACGUGACAACGUCUAAUAAAUCGAUGAACGCCGGCUGCACGCACGAAAAAGUGUCCCGUAAUGCACAUUGUCCCACUACGAUGUGUCCCGUUACACUCUUUGUACGCUUGCGCGCAUCUAUCUCUCUUCCGCUCGAUUGGAACAACCAUCGAUUUGACUUUUUCGAGGAACAUUAAACUUGAAAUACUCCCAUUCCUUUCCUACUUUUCCUAUAAUUGUCCUAUCCUUAACAAAAUAACACAGAUUGGAAGAAGUUAAAUAGCAAACAUGUAUAAAAGUUAUAGUUAAAAUAAUCUCUUCGUGAAAGUAAUAAACAAAUUUGAAUUAAUGAGUGCAAAUAAAAGUAUAUUUAUCAAUUAAAUUGCAGAUUUCAUUUCACUCCUUCUUUGUAUCCAUACAAAAUAGUGAUAAUUCAAUAAAAAUGAUUCAUUUCUACUCAUAAAAGUAUGCAAUAAUUUCAUCAAUGUUUUGUUAUGACGUUGUCACGUUAAACUAUCUUUCGUAAACCGACUUUACAGACAACCAAUUUUUAUCUAAAACUUUUGUCUAAACAUUUUUCGAUCGGACCAACCAUUAUUGCAAGGGUUUGAAAAAAUAAUGGGUAGAGUUUAAAAAAAUUCAUAAUUCUCAUUAGUUACAAUAUAACGUUCUUCAAGUUGUUGGUAAACCUUAUAAUUUUUAUCAAAAACUUUUGUCUGAAACAAUAAUUGAUUUUCCAUUGCUGCAAGGGGUUAAAAAAAAUAAAGGGUAGAAUAAAAAAAAUUCAUAACUCCCUUAGUGGUGCACUUUCAAAUCCGUUCAAACUGUUUGUUAAUCUUAUAAUGUUACUAAAAACUUUAGUUUGAAACAAUUUUUGAUAAUACAAACCAUUACUUCAAGGGAUGGAAAUAACAAGUGUAGAAAAACAAAACGACAUUACUUUUAUAAAUACAUUUACUUUCAAAUUCAUUUUAGUAAAAAUACCUCAACAUUAUCUAAAACCUUUGGUUGAAACAUUUUUGAUGAAACUAACUAUUACCAUAAAAACAGGGGUUUAAAUUUAAUUUAAUUUUUACAUUUUUUAGUAUCGAAUUCAUUGGAAUUUGUUUAUUACCAUCUAAGAUUACCUUAAACCUUUGUCCGAAAAAAAAAUCAAUUAGGCUAUACGACAUUAGUGCACGAGAUGAAAAACUGUGUUUGUAAAUCAAAAAUAAUUACAUUACUACCUUAGUAGGCACAUUAUGAAUUUCUUUAAGACAUUCAUUGCUGAUGCAUUAAUUUAAAAACAUUUAAAAUAUUUUCGCCGUUGUAGGGGAUAAACCUGGCAAAAGGCCCCACUUUGAGGCGACAGUUUCUUAUGUAGGGGCUAUACUACCGUACAAAAGGGCACCACUUAGAUAAAAUCAGUUUGUAACUUAUAUGUGUGCUAUUCGUUCUAGGUCACAGUUAGGUAUUUAAUUAUGUGCAGUUACUACUAGCUUGGCUGCUGUUAACACAUAGAUAGGUAUGGAUACAGUUGGUGAUAGGUAGAUUACAAUACCAUACAAAACACCAUGGUAAUUUUAUUUUUUAUUAAUGAAAAUAUCUCAGGUUUAUCUUUAAAAAAAAAUAUUAUAUUACUUUUAAACAUCCUAACUAUUGUUGGCACGGCAGAACACAAAUAUGUUAAAAAAAUGUCUGGAGUGACGAUGCGCACAUUCAUUAACUAAUCAAGUGUCUAUUUUAUCCGGUUUCGAAAAUCUCAUACACAGGUUCAGUUUAUAAUUUCGUUUUAUAUAAGUUUUUUACCUCGGCUAGAUAAAAUAACUUAAGUCGGUAGAGCUCUGAUGCUCUCUCUCCCAGGCCACUGGGUGAUUACAGUUGUGUGUUAAAAUAAAGUGUCAAAAUAUAUUCACGAAGUUAAUUUUUACAAUAAUCCAGUUCAUCAAUGUUUCUCUUGGAAUUAGACCGCAAAAUAACGAGGUAUGGAUGGGAUACGUGAUUCGUCCUAGCGAAAUGGAGUAACAGACUCAGUCAUUUCUUACUCACGUAUAUUUUUCACUCCGAAUAACUUUAUCCUUUUGGAUAAAGCCCUAAUAAUACUCUCUUACGUUUCAACAGUACAUUUAUACCAUCCUUUAGUGCGGAUGCAUAUUUCUGCUAGCUAUUUUUCAGGAUAAUAUUCCGUCGACGUCUCGUAUGUGUUCAUCCAUUAGUAGGCCAUUACAUUAUUUUAAAACCUUCUUAAUUUAAGUCAGCUUAACAAUCCGUUCCAGAUUUAAAAUACGGCUCCUGAUUGGCCGAGAAAUAAAGACAGUUACAUUAUUUCAUAUCAAAGACAUCAAAUCCGCGCGCAACAAUAGCGCGGAACACAAAAUCUCUCAUUAAAUUUGAAUAAAUAUAGAAAUAACAUUUUUCAUUAAAUAAAAACGGUGUCAAAUUAACAGUUUACCGUUUAAAUGUCAAUUGCUCCUAGAGGGGUCCUUGCAAUUGUUUGUCUUCAACGUUCGUUUUUGUCAUAGAGUUACAAUCACAUAGAUAUACACAUAAAAUAUAAAUAGUUUUCAAAUAAUAAAAAUAUACAUACCAGACGAAUAAGUAUAAAUUAAAAUAAAUAAUUACGUAAUCGGGGCUGAAACAUACAUAGUUGCAGUAGGUACACCGUAUGGAAUAUGAGAAAAUGUUGAAUCGAUAUUUUUUGAAUAUUGGCGAGCAGAUAGGUAUUUUUCUUGUCAGCUUCCUUAAGUUCUUUAAAUGUUCAAGGAGUUUAUAGAAGUUAAAAAAAAAUAAUUCAAGAUGAUAUACUUAGUAACUUUGAAAUCUACCUACGCCUGUAGGCUGUGUCAAAGGGGAUUCUUUUUUUUUUACAGAAUUUUUGUUAUAUCGGGGUAAGUUCUUUCUACUGGAGUAUUUUGAUACUGAAAAAACUUAUAAUAUGGUGACGUCUACGCAAAGUUGGCAGUUACGAAUGUACUAGGAAGUUACAAAGUUUUAAUUUCAAUGGAUUUAGUCAUUCAGCUAAAACACCAAACAUAAAAUUCGUCCCCUAUCCUCCAAAACCCCGAAAUGAGUAAGACAUGAUGUUUCGCCAACUUAACUUUCAACUUGUAAGGCGACAUGUACUGUUCGUUGGUCUAAUUUAAGUAUGUUGACAUUAAUACCAUAUUUUGUUGAAAAGUAAAUUGAUUAUAAUGAUUUACAUAAUUUUAAAUAGUUUCAGAAUUCAGUAUUAGCUGUAGUAAGCUACGUACAGAUGACGAAGCAAAUGUUAAUGCUAUAUAACCUCUUCAGGAAAAGUAAUUACGAAUUAGUCGAAUUUAUAGUUUAUGCUUGGAGAAAUCAAUGAAGUAAAUUUAUAUGUGUUAAGACUACUUUAUGUUUUUCCGCAAUAUUUGCAUGCAAGAAAUGCGGCUUAUGAACACCCGAUCAGUUGCCAAUUUAAAAAUUACUUAUUUUUCUGAAACGAUAUGGUAGGUCUCAUAAUAGAUACCACCACUCCGAAUGCCUAUAUACUGGCCGGUUGACUUCUAGGAAACACUCUCUCAGUUGUGAUAGGCAGCUGCUCGACUGACCCCCUCCACUUUCUGAUGCGCUCAUCACGUGAUCGCCUGGUGACAGUGGGGUCUGCGCAGGUUAUUUUGCCUCUUGUCGCGCUAUACGGUCACUAGACGGGUAGAUGGUCGGAAAGAUAUUUGUGCCGGAAAGCUAUUUGCGAAAUUAACUUAUUUCUAUGGAAGGUGAAGAUUCGGAGUUAGUUAGACCGGAAGGUGAACCAAGUGCGUCUAAUCAAGCAAGAUCUGAAGUGCUACCUGGGCGCAAGAAGAAUUCUUGUGUCUAUCAUGAUUGCCAAGGAUAUUUCUACUUCAGCGAAAGAACUACUGCAAAUACAAGGUAAGUGGUUCUCGGAAAAGUGCAAUCUAAUAUUUUAGAGUAGUGCGAUGAAAUUUCACGCACGUGGAAGGCACUAGAAGGAAAUUUGCCUUGUAAAUUAUUGUGUAGGAAGUAUUGCUUUGUUUCAAGAAACUCAAGCUUCAUAGUAUUGCAUAUAUGAGCUAUUAUACCACGCAACAUUUUAGAAUAAUAAUCGUAUUUGUAACAAUACGUUUAAAAAAAUUUGCAGGCAACUGAGAUGCACCAGAAAGAGUCACGGCUGUCGCGCUCGAGCAACAAUGGGUCUUCAGGAAGGCGCAGUUAUUGCUCUGUCCAGAAGCAGUCCACUGCACAACCAUGAACCGGACCUGAGCAUUAAAGAAUCAUACAAACUGCGUGCAGUUCUUAAGGCAAGAUCAAAAAUGGAAACCACCUCUCUUCGCGAAAUCUUUUUUUCCGAGGCGAAAAGAAAUUCUGAUGGUGCAGAUAAAAAUCCUUAUGCAACAGUGCGGAGGUGUAUGGAAAGAGCAAGACGUGAGCUAUUUCCACCAAUUACGGAGGAUUUGCGGGAGUUCUGCAAUAUUUUGGACGGCAGAACCUGGGCAGAUCUGUACAGCCCCAACCACGAAAAACAACUUGCCCACAAAGUCGUAGAAACUGACAAUGGACAAAUCACUGCAAUUGUUUUUGCUAAUGAUACCUUCCUUCAAUUCCUUUCGGAAAAUCCAACCGAACGUCGUGAGGUAUCAUUUGACGCUACCUUCAAAGUAGUCCCCCGAAGGCCGAGCGGCUUUUGUCAACUGAUGACAGCGGUGGUAUACUUUCAAGACAUAGGAUUUCCGAUUUUCUUCGCCUUGAUGACCAAACGGACUCAAGAAGCAUACGUUGCUGUCUUAGACAUAUUCCAUCAGAAGACAUCUGCUUGGGAAAUUGUGGCUGUAUCGUCAGAUUUUGAAAAAGGACUUGUUAAUGCCAUUAUAACCAGAUAUCCGAAUGCAGAGUUCCAUGGGUGUUGGUACCAUUGCUGCCAGGCUAUUUGGAGAAUGGUCAUGAAAACUGGUCUAGUGGAGGACUGCAAGAACAAUGACGACAUGAAGAGGGCUAUAAAAAUGUUGAUGGCACUAGCCCACUUGCCUGCAACAAGAGGAGCCCCACAUGACGAUGCUGUUCCUGCCUACGACAUUGCUGACGGAUUAGAGGCAAUCCUAAUUUUCAUACAUGAAAAAAAUUUGGAAGAAAAGUUGGCAAAUUUGAUCGAAUAUUUUCAAAACUACUGGAUGGCUAGAGUGACGCCCCGAUGCUUUUCUGUCUUCAAUCUACCAAGAAGAACAAAUAAUGCGUUGGAAUCUUUCCACGCUCUAGUUUUGUCAAUAAUGGGCCCACAUGCAAAUGUGUGGAAAUUUUUAGUUCACCUGUCUGACUUGAGCAACAUGUACUUUUCGGAAUUCAAAGCUCUUGUAGAAGGAAAGACUAUUAGAAGACAGAAACCACAGAACACCAACACGCAGAAUUUGCGAAAAAUCAUAGGAAAAUUAGUAUCGCGAGAAUUUAGCGUCACUGAAUUCCUGCGCAAAGCUGCGCACACAGUUGAUGGCGCAUAUAACACUUUGCAAACUCAGAAUGCGAGAGCAGAAGCUACUGAGGCUUAUCAAGCAUCGGAGGAUGAGGACGAUCCCGAAGAUGUCAUACCAAGAGCACUUCGGAAUGUGCCAGCAGAAGUAGAAGAGCUUUUGCCUGAAGAUCCAGAACCAGACCAAAGAACACACAUGACGUGUAAGGUUUGUCUUCUCAACCCAUUGACUCACCUGGUAUAUCCUUGCGGACAUUUCGUGUUAUGUGAGAACUGUGUAAUCGGCCUGAGAGAGAACCAAUCUCCAUUUGUAACACUAAAGUGUCCGGUAUGCCGCUCUGAGUGUGGCGAUAUUGUGCGUGUUUUUUUUGCUUAAUUAUCGUAUAUAGAUCUAGAUUUCACUAAUUAAACUGUAGAUGCAUGUGAUUCCUAAACCAAACAAACAAACUAUUGUAACAUACUUAAUAUUGUUUUUCAACCAAGGUACCAGAAGUAGGCCUAUGUAAGGUGUUUCUCUUAUUAUUUUAUAUUAAUUAUUGUCUAAUAUUAUAUUAAAUAAUUAUCAGACUAAAUUUAAAUGUUUUCAAAAAAGCAAAACAUAAUUACUUAUUCCAGAGAACUCCUUUCUUAAACCCUUUAAAACUAGGUACAUUUAAUCGGUGUGCCACGUGCUACUGCUUCUCAGGAUUCACGUUGCAGCACCCAUUAUUUUUUCAAGCUUCCAUGCGCAUGACAUAUAAAAAAAAUUAAAAUGUUAAAAGCUGUCAACACACAUUCAUCCGCAACGACAUAUUCUAAUAUUCAAAUACAUUGAUACAUCUCCUUCUCCAAUUUAUGAUUUUAUUUAUCUAAGUAAUAACAUUUAUUCUUGGUGUUGGAAUUUUAUAAGUCUACUAUUAAAAUAAAAUAUAAGUUGUAUUGGCUGUAGAAGCUAACACGGAUUAUUUAUCGCUACCAGCAUCAGACCUACUCAAACUGAUUUACAUAGCUUAUGUUUUCUUUACAUGCUUUCAUUUGCGCUUACAAUUUCUUUGAGGGCUUUCAUUUGCGCUUACAAUUUCUUUGAGGGCUUUCAUUUGCGCUUACAAUUUCUUUAAGGCCUUUCAUUUGCGACUACAAUUUCUUUGAGGGCUUUCAUUUACGCUUACAUUUUCUUAACAUGUAUUUCAUUUGCGACUACAAUUUCUUUGAGGACUUUCCUAUACACUUAUGUUUUCUUUACAUGCCUUCCUUUGU